AAAAGAACGGCAGCCAAGUACUUCGAGGUCGGUGGUGGCUCCGGUGGUUUCGAUAGAGACCAUCGCCGAGAUUUCAUGGUUCCCGACACGGUUGAAUGUUCUGUCUGUGGGAAGGUUUCUACCAAGAAGUGCUCUCGUUGCAAAUCUGUGAGAUACUGCUCUGCGGAUUGCCAAACGUCAGAUUGGAAGUCAGGACAUAAACUAAAAUGCAAGGUGUUUCGGAGUACUGACUCUUCACCGGUGGGAAGAGAUGAUAUCGAUUACAAAGCUUCUUUGUUUGGGAAUAUGUCUUCUUCUGCUUCUAAGAAGAGUAAGAUUGGAUUGGUUCCUCAACUGAGCCAAAGCAAGGCGGCCCUCAAGCCAACAGAUGUUCUUUUCCCAUACGAAAGUUUUGUUAGAUAUUAUAACUGGGACAGACCAAUAAUGGCUCCUUGUGGGCUCACCAAUUGUGGAAACAGUUGUUUCGCUAAUGUUGUUCUACAAUGCCUUUCCUGGACACGCCCUCUUGUUGCAUACCUUCUGGAGAGAGGCCACAAAAGAGAAUGUAGGCGAAAUGAUUGGUGCUUCUUCUGUGAAUUUGAAAAUCAUCUUGAUAGAGCAAACCAAAGCCGGUUUCCAUUUUCACCAAUGAACAUUAUUUCGCGGCUGCCUAAUAUUGGUGGAAACCUUGGGUAUGGGAGACAGGAGGAUGCUCAUGAGUUGAUGAGGUUUGCAAUUGAUAUGAUGCAAUCUGUUUGCCUCGACGAAUUUGGUGGAGAAAAAGUGGUGCCUCCUCGUGCCCAAGAGACAACACUUAUUCAAUAUAUAUUUGGUGGUCUCCUUCAGUCACAGGUCCAGUGUACCGCUUGCAGUAACGUUUCUGACCAAUAUGAAAAUAUGAUGGAUUUAACUGUUGAGAUCCACGGGGAUGCGGUAUCAUUGGAGGAAUGUCUCGAUCAGUUCACAGCUAAAGAGUGGCUUCAGGGGGAUAACUUAUACAAAUGUGAUAGAUGUGAUGACUAUGUGAAGGCAUGCAAGCGCCUUUCAAUUCGUUGUGCUCCAAAUAUUCUUACAAUUGCCUUAAAAAGAUUCCAGGGUGGGAGAUUUGGUAAACUGAACAAAAGAAUUAGUUUUCCCGAGACAUUUGAUCUAGGCCCUUACAUGAGCAGUGGAGUAGAAGGAUCAGAUGUAUACAAACUCUAUGCUGUGAUUGUCCAUUUAGAUAUGUUGAAUGCCUCAUUUUUCGGCCAUUACAUAUGCUAUGUCAAGGACUUCCGUGGAAACUGGUAUAGAAUAGACGAUUCUGAGGUGGAAAAGGUUGAACUAGAAGAUGUCCUUUCUCAGCGAGCAUACAUGCUCCUCUACAGCAGGGUUCAGCCCAGACCAUCAAAUCUUAGAUCCGAAGAAGGUCAAGAUGAGAAGAAAACAGAUACAUUGAACACAGAAUCUAGCCAAGAUGGCUCUGUUGAGAGUUCCGGGGUGGGAGCGUAUGACACAAGUGUGUCCUCUCUGUGUAACGGCAUCAUCUCACAUUCAGAAGACCCUGAAUGCGGAAAAGAAUCAUCAUUGUCAGCAUCCGUACCAGUCUCUGAAGAAGGAAAGGAAGUUGACGCAAGGGUUGAUACAGUAGAUUCUGAAUCAAACCCUUCUAUUGACAUGGAACAUGAUUCCGGAACAGAUCAUCAAGAAGAAGCAGCAAAUGGGAAAGAAGAUCCAGUGGCUGAAAAUCUGGCUGUUGAUUCUUCUUGUUCGGACAUUACUACUCCAUCUCCAUCUGCUGCUACAGAGUUCAUACCUCAGGAGAACGAACAUUCAGACACCGAGUCCAAACCCCUGGAGAAAGAACAUUCAGACACCGAGAUGAUCGAUGCUCAAUGAUAUUCCAAAAGGAUGGUGGUGGAAUCACAAAACAUUUUUCAUGGCUCUUGACAAUCGACAAGAGAGCUUCUAACUUAACAAUAAUGCUGGUGAAAAUUG